AUUUUAGGUAAUGUUAUCGCAAGCUCCAAGGAUGGCAUAUAUCUGACACGGCAUAUCGGACUAAAGAGUGGCGUUCCUCAGAAUGUAGGAGCUCUAACAGUGAAUCGUCUCUGCGGAUCUGGGUUCCAGUCAUUGAUCAAUGCUACACAGCAAAUUAAACUCGGUGAAUCAAAACUUAUCGUGGCCGGAGGAACUGAAAACAUGUCUCAAACCCCUUUCGCUGUUAGGAAUACCCGAUUUGGCACUGCACUUGGAGUGAAGUAUGAGUUCGAAGACAUGUUGUGGGAAUCUCUCACUGAUACAUACGCCAAACUUGCAAUGGCUCAGACUGCAGAGAAGCUCGGAGCGGAGUAUAAGGUGACUCGUAAUGACGCUGACGCUUUUGCGCUGCGUUCACAACAGUUAUGGAAGAAGGCUCAAGAUGCUGGUAUUUACAAAGCCGAGAUUACUCCAAUGACUGUGAAAGGGAAAAAAGGCGAAGAGACGUUUGAGGUGGAUGAACAUCCCCGACCACAGACAACCAUGGAAUCUUUGGCCAAACUGAAACCAGUAUUUCAAAAGGACGGUCUGAUCAAUGCGGGUAAUGCCUCGGUGGGGUGC